AUGCCCAAGAGAACAACCCUUACUGAAGAACAGAAAAAUGAACUUUGUACCUAUGCUUGUUGGGGUCUUAGAGUCGACGAAAGCACAAUUUCACGUAUCUUGAAGACAUCUGAGGAACAACUUGGCAAUGGAAUCAGUAAUUUUAAAACAAAGCAUCACAGAGCUGUUAUCUAUCCAGAACUUGAUCUCGCCCUUAAAGAGUUCGUGCUGAUUUAUCAGCAUCGAACAGUUUUAACUGAUGCUUUACUUGUCAAAAAAGCAAAGGUACUUGCUGAUAGUUUGGAAAUCCCUCAAGGAACACUAAAUUUUUCUUCUAGCUGGCUUUAUAAAUUCAAGAAUCGAAAUGGUAUUCGUCUACAACAGCUUCAAGGAGAAGCCACAUCCGCUAACAUGGAUUCUGCCCAUGGACGCCGGUAUCAUUAUGAGUUUCAAGAGGAAUUAUCGUCGCCUUCAUGUUCGGAUUUUUGCCAAACCACUAACCCAGUUCUCAAUGAUAUUGCCGAUGCACUUAAUGCUCUUGACCUUCUUGACUCUAUGCAAGUUGAAGAGUAUUUGGCAAUCUCUGAAGAAAAUAUCGUUUAUGAAGUUCUCUCCAAUGAUCAAGUUAUUACAGAGCUUGUUAAAACAUUCAGAACAAAUGAACCAACAAACAUUAACUUGAAAGAUGAAGACGAUAGCUUUGAAGCCCCUAUUGUUAGUACCAACACGGCAAUUGCAAGUUUGAAAACCAUGCGUAUGUUUUUGCUUCAGCAGGAUUGUACGGAAGAAUAUGUUAAUUUUGUGAGAAGGAUUGAAAAAUUUAUCAAAAAGACAAAG